UGUGUCUGAUAGAGGAGCAUCGCGCCCAAAUCAGGUUAUAACCAUGAGCUGGGCGGUGGAGGAGUGGAAGGAUGGACUUCCAGGGAAAGCCCUGCAGAAGAUCCAGGAGAUGGAAGUCCAGCUGGAUAAACUGAAGAAGGAAAGGACCCAGAAACAGUUUCAGCUGGAUUCCUUAGAGGCUGCACUGCAGAAGCAGAAACAAAAGAUGGACAGUGAACGUACAGAGACCUCUGCUUUGAAAAGAGAAAACCAGUCUUUGGUAGAGUCCUGUGACUCUCUGGAGAAAGCCCGUCAGAAGGCCGCCCAUGACCUGGGAGUCAAAGAGCAGCAGGUGAGCUACCUGGAGGGUCAGCUUAACUCCUGCAGGAAGACCAUAGAACGACUGGAGCAGGAGCUCAAGAAGUACAAAAAUGAAUUGGAUCGUUCUCAAUCUGCUGGCUCUUCCUCCUUGUCAUCCUCCUCCUCUGAGCUUCAGCCUUACACUACUCCACAGAAAAGCUUCUCUACCCCAGCUCCAGUCCCAGCCUAUAGACAGCAGGAUAAUAGACUAGAGGAUCUACAGGAGAAAUACAGCCAGGAGGUAGAAGAAAGAAAAAGGCUUGAGACUGAACUCAAAGUCUUGCAGGUCAAACUGCUGAAUCAGUCAUCAGCCAGUGUAAGUCACAAGGACAUUGCUGCCCGCCAAGCUGGAUCUUCUAUAUUCCCAUGGCAACAGCAAGAUCAGGCCCACAGUCGCCUGUCUCAAGAUCCAAUGGAAACGCCUCUGAAGAGGCGAGGGGCAUCCUUGUGGGAUGCCCACGAGGAGACACCUAUCAAACCCAGCCAGAGAAUGAGCUCUUCCAGAGCAUUGCAGAGUCCCAGUGGAUCCUCCCAACAGAUGGAGCAGCUGAAGACUCUCAACCAAGAGCUGCGUGGCCGUGUGUCAGAGCUAGAGAGGAAUCUAUCCAAUCAGGAGAAAGAAAUUCGUAGCCAGGCCUCUAAGCUACAGGAACUGCAAACCCAGCUGAACCAGGCCCGCAAAGACCUGACUGAGCGGGACAGAGACCUGGCCAAGACUAGCCAUGAGCUGAGUCAGGCCACAGACAGACACCAGCAGGCUGAGGCUAAGUGUUCCUCAGUUGAGCAGAAGCUGAAACAAGUCACAGAGGAGAUGAGCUGUCAGAGGCACAACGCUGAAAGCUGCAGACGAGCCAUGGAACAGAAACUCAAGGACCAGGAGAGAGACAGCCAGAAGGAGCUAGCCCAGCUGCAGAGUUCCCAUAAAGCUUUGGAUCAGCAGCUGGACCAGACCAGAACCAAGCUAACACAAGAGGUCCAACAGUCCAAAAAAGACUACAAUGUGCUGCAGGCUGACAUGGAAAAGAUACGCCUCCAGAAGAGUCAGAUGGAGAAGGAGGUGGAGGAGCAGAAACAGAAACUUCUGAGGUCAGAGCAGAGCCUCCAGGCCAGCCAGACCAAAGAGCAGGACGUCCGCAAGAAAAUGGAGGAGCUGCAGAAAGAAAAGAACAGUUUGACUGUCCAACUGGACCAAAGCAGCAGGCGUCUGUCUCAGCUGGAGGAAGAGAAGAAGAGUGCAGACCAGAGCCUCAAACGCACCCAGGGACAACUAGAUGACCUCAAAGCAAAAUCAGAGGGACAGGUGGAUGAGCUGAAGAGACUUCAGUCAAAACUGGAGCAGCAGACUCAGGCUUCGGCACGAGAGCUGGAAAACUUGAGGAAGACACUUUCUGAUGCAGAAAUCAAAAAUGACAGAUCUCAGAAUGAACUGCAGAAAGAGAAGCAGGAGACAGAGCGUCUGACCAACAGGUUGACAGUCCUGGAGAAGGAGAGCCAAGAGCUGAAAUGCAAUCUCACUGAGAGUCAGAAUGAGUGUAAGGAACUGAAACAAGAACAUCAAGCUCUGCUGGAGUGGAAGAAAGAGAAGGAGACCUUGAUUAAUGAAACUGAAGCUGUGCAAAAGGAGUUUACAAACAAAAUUAGCAACUUGGAGAACAGUCUCAGCUCCCUGAAUGAGGCUAACGAUGAACUUAAGAAGCAGCUCAUGAGUACAGAGGCAGAUAAAGCCAGCCUGUCUGCACACAUUGAUUCCUUGAAAGGAGAACUUCUCAAUAAGAGCACAGAGUUAGAGGAGAGGGAGCAUCAGUACGACGAGCUCCAGUCUCAACUCUCUGAGGCUGGACAGAAGCACGCCAAAGACCUGGAGAAUGUCGGUGUGCAAGUGGCGCAGCUCCAAGCUCAGGUCAAAGAUCUGGAGUUGCAGUUGCAAAAGGAAAUAACUCGAGCAGAGCAAGCUGAGAGGACAAACACAGAGCUGCAGGACGAGCACCAGGCAGCCUGUGACCUGGUCCGCUCCAAAGACCAGCUGGUAGAACUGGGCCAGGCUGAGAUCAACCAGCUGAGAGAGAGCCUCGCACAGUCCACUGCACAGCAGGAGGAGCAAAAUGCCAGGUUGGCAGAGGAGAAGGCAGCCCUGCUGAAGCAGUGUGAGGAGAGUGUUUCAGCCAAGGCUGAAGAGACAGAACAGAUCAAGCUGCAGUUGGAGGAGGCUCAGCAAGAGCUGCUGCUCACCAAAAACAAGGUCAGUUCCAUGGAGCAGUUCCUGAAGGUCCAGGAGCAACUAGCUGCUGAGUUGCAGAAGCAAAUUAAGAUAUUGUCUGACAAUCAGGAGGAACAGAAAAAGAUGUACGAGGAAAGAUCAGAAGAGCUCAAAAUGUUAGGAGAGGAGCUGAAGGAUCAGCAGGGCCAGACAGAAGGGAAGGAGAAGCAGCUCAGAGAGGCUGAAGCUCAGAUUUUGUCUGUGGAGAAACAAAAGGCUGAGCUGGAAAAUGCAGUACAAGAGAUGAAGAAAGAAGCAGAGAUCCUCCAGCAUGCUCAGACUGAGAAAAUCAACCAUCUUCUGGAGCAGAUAUCUUCCUUAGAAGAAAUGGUAACUGGGAACAAAGAUGCAGCAGAAAAGCUUCCAGUCCUGAAGAGUGAACUGGAUGUGGUCAACCAAUCCCACGCUGACCUUAAAAAGUCUCUAGAAGCUCUUGAGAAGACUCACUCCUCCACUAUUGAAAUUAAGUCCAACCUGGAGAACACCCUGGCUGAGAAAAGGAACCUGGUUUCUGCUUUGGAGAAAGAGCUCAAAGAGCUCACAGAGAAGAUGAUUAAACAGUCAGAGAGUCACGCUUUAGAGAGUGAAAAUUUCCUAAACACAGAGAAGAGCCUUAAAGAGCAGCUCGAAGCCGCUAAGAAAUCAGUAACUGCUGCCAAAGGAGAAUUGAGUUCUCGUCGAGAGGAGAUCAAGACCAUGAAGGUGACUUUGUCUGCUGCUUCACGCGGCUUGGAAGAGAGAGACAACACCAUCAAGAGUCUGAAGGAGAAGCUGAAUAAAGCAGAGGCAGAGCAGGUCAAAUCCUCUGAACUCCUGAAGGAGAAGGUGGACUCCAUGAACAAAAUCAAGGUGCAGCUGGAGAUGCUGCAAAUGGACCUGGAAGACAACGAGACAGCCAUGAACUCUUUUGACAGUCAAGCGGAGGAGCUGAAGGGAACUAUAGAGUCCCUGGAGGCCCAGCUCGCUCAGAACCAGACCCAGAUGUCCGACAUGGAGGCCAGGCUCGAGGACAGCAAAGCCCAGGUUUCUGUCUUGGAAUCGCGCUUAGAGGAAGUGCAAGCCCAGAACUCUGUGCUGGAGACGCAGUAUGUCACAGCUAAAGAGGAGUUAUUCGAGAGGAGCUGUGAAAUAACUCGUCUGGAAGAGGACGCUGUCAAACGAAACCAGCUGGAGGAGAGCGUUGCUGCAUUAGAGUCUAAACUUAGUCAGAUCACAGAGGAAAACAUCAAGUUAGAGACAACUCUCAGGCAGAUAACUGAAGACAAAGACAAUAAUCACAAGCAGUUUCUCCAGGAGAAAAACAACCUUGAGACCACUCUGAAACAGUUAACAGACGACAAAGAGCAAGUAGAAAAUGAAAUCAUUCAAGUAAAUGCAGAGAAGAAACAACUGGAAGCUAAUUUAGACGAGCUAUCUGAGGAGAACAGACAACUACAGACCAAUGCUAAGCAGGUAACUGAAGAAAAGCAGCAAACAGAGGGAAAGAUUGAGCAAAUGACUGCUGAGAAACUCAAAGCUGAAUCAGCCCUUAGUCAAGUCACUGAGGAGAAAGUCCAGCUACACGUUACCCUCAACCUGAUAAACGAAGAGAAAAUUCAACUUGAGGCUAAACUUAGCGAACUAGCCUCUGAGAAAAAUGAUUUGCUUUCUAGCUUGAAUCAGGUAGUUGAAGAAAAGUGCCAGCUGGAAAUGAAUUAUAAUCAAUUUAUUGAAGAGAAGCUGCAGUUACAAGAAAGCAUUGAAAGGCAUGAGACUGAGGUGGCUUCACUUAAAGAGGAGAAUGAGUGCAUCCAGCACUCACUCCAGGCCUCAGAGCAGGAGCUGAAGGAGCAGCUCCAGAUGAUGGACAAGAGGACUGAGGAGGAGAGCAGAGAGAGGAGCCACCAGUUUGAAGCAGAGCAGGCUAAACUUCACCAGAAGCUGGCGGGUUUACAGAAUGAGCUGACUGUGUUCAAGCAGCAGUACGAAUCACUGCUGGAGCAGGUGGGCCAGCAACACAGCCUCAUACAGCAGCUCUCAGAAUCACAGGGGACCCACACACCAGGAGAAGAAAUGUGCCACAUGGAGUCUGAGGAGACAGAACGUGGUGUUUCCCCUUCAGAAGCUGCAGAACAGACUGAUGUGGAGCCAACACUUGAUUCCUGUACAAAUACAGAGUCCCUUCCAGAAAAGGAACAGCUGAGCUCUGUGGUGUCUGAACUGGGAGAACUUUCCCACCAAUCUGAUGAGGCGUUCUGUGAGACAAAGUUGGUCUUCAAGGAGGACAUUGUUGAGGACAUCGUCCAGAAACAGCUGGAGGAGGAGGAGAGGCAGGCAUGUGUUGCUCAUGUUGAGGAAAUGAAGAGCAACGAGGGGGAGGAACUACAGCACCAAGAGCAACCUGUAGAUCAGGUUCCUGGCGAUGGCAGUGGCCCCAGAGAUGCUCCUGAAAAUGAAGCCUCGCAACCCAUGUCCUCUCUGCAUGAGACCAAAGAAUUAAAAUCCUGUGACUCAUCCCAGGGACAAGAUGACCUCAACCAAUACAAGGAAAUGAUCACAAAACAAGAAAAGGAACUCCAGACCCUACGCUCAGAGUUUGACCUGCUGAGCUCUGAACUGGCACUGAGAAAUGAACUGAGCUCUGAACUGGAAGUCCAAGUUCAAAACUUGGAAAAGAAAGUUCAUGCAGCAGAGGAGGAGGCACAUGGUGCAGCACAUAAGCUGAGCGUUUCUCUAGAGGAGAAGAAAGACCUCUCUCACCGGGUGGCGCAGCUGUCAGAAGAGAGGGAAAUGUUAACGCUACAGCUACAAACUGCUAAAUGCCAGCUGACUGAUGUUAUGGAGAUGCUGGAAGGACUGGAGAUGGCCAAAGGUGGAUGGGAUGAGAAGUUCCUUCAGCAGGAGAGUGAGCUGAAGAGGGUUCGCUCUGAGAAAGCUAACCUGGAGCAGCACAUUCUGGGCAUGGAGUCUGAGCUGGAGACCCUGCAGGAGGAGAGGACCAGACUAAAGGGUGAGAUGGAGAUCCAGAGGAGGACUUGUUCAGGCAUGGAGCAGCAGAUAGAAACACUCAUGACAGAGACGAGCCAGCUGAGAUCUGAGCUUGUUUCCUGCACUGAGGAGAGAGAUGAGCUGAACCAGUCUUUGGGGCAAUGGAGAGAGAAGGUUCACAGUCUGGAGAAGACAAACUGCGACACCAGAAACCUAAUUUCCAUCCUGGAGGACGACAUCAGAGCAGGGAGGAAGGAGUAUGAAGCCCUGCAAGGCCACAUGGAGAAACUGAAAACAGAGAGACAACAGCUGUUGGAGCAGAUUAAGGUGCAGGAGCAGGCAAUCUCUCAGCAGAGUGGCGAGAGAGAUGAGCUCAUUGGUCAUCUUAACCAGAUCAAAGAAGACCACACCUCUUCCAAUCAAAAUACUGAGUCUAUGGUCAGCAAAAUACAGGCUUUAGAGGGAGAAGUGAGUCGUCUGUCACAGUCUCUCGAGUCCUCCCUACUGGAAAAAGGAGAGAUUGCAUCUCGGCUGAACUCCACACAAGACGAGGUCCAGCAGAUGAGGACUGGUAUUGAAAAGCUUCAGGUCCGCAUUGAGUCAGAUGAGAGAAAGAAAAGGAAGAUGGGAGAGCUGCUCAAAGCUGCCCAGAGAAAGUCAGACUCACUGCAAGACCGCAUUGAUGCCCUGGAGCGAGAGAAGGAAGAUGUGGAGCGAAGUCUAGAGGAAGCUGUUCUAGAGGCUGAGACAGCCAGAGCUGAGCUGGAGGAGGAAAGGAUAAAGGUGGAGGAGGAGAAGAGGAAGCUCAGUGAGAAACUAUCAGAGCUCUCUGCCACACUGGAAAGCCUGAGAUCUGAGAAAGAACGAAUGGAGCGAGAGCUGGACACCAAAAACAGAGAGAUAGAGGAACUGAAGGCCGCUAAGGAGGAGCUGGAGAGUGGACUGGAGAAGGCAGAGGUAGAGAGGAGAGAGGAAGAGGAGAGACAGAAAUACAGGGUAGAAGAGCUCGAGAAAGGGAUGAGAGAGGAAGCAGAGAGACAAAUUAGACAAGUAGAUGACCUCCAGGCACAACUGGUGGCCUCUCGGCAGAGGGAGGUCUCACUUGAACAAAAGAGUGCAGAAACGGAAGGGGAGAAAGAUAGGGUGCAGUCUCUGCUGGUAGAGCUGGAGAAAGAGAAGCAGUGUCUGCAGAGUUCUCUGGAGCAGUGGCAAACAGAAGGGGAGAGGCUCCGCUCUCAGGGAGACGAGUGGGAGAAAGAGAGAAACAACCUGAGGACCCGUAUUGAGGCUUUGGAAGAAGAAAUUAAGGAGCUUCAAACGCUCAUAAAAGCUAAAGAGGAAGAGAGAGACAUUAUGGAAAAGAAGAGGGAGCAGGAAGCAGUGAAAUCCAUCUCAUCUGUUAUGGCAGAGAAAGAACAGAUAGAAGAAGAAAAUGGACGAUUGGUAGAGGAAAAAGAGAAACUGCAGUCUAAUUUAUUGUCAGUGGAAGAGGAUAGAGAUGACCUGCGCUGCACUCUUUCAUCUGUGGAAGAAGAGAAAAAAAGCCUAGAGCAAGAGAGGGAAAUGAUCGCAAAUGAGAAAGAGAAGCUUCAAUCCAGACUUUCUUUGAUAGAAACGGAGAAACAUGACAUGCAACAAACUCUUUCUUCACUCAAGCAAGAGAAGGAAAUAAUGGAGGAGGAGAAACAGAAGUUAGAGGUUGAAAAACAGGAAUUGCAGUCUUCCCUUUCUUUGAUUGAAGGAGAGAAAGAGAACCUGUUCUCAGCUCUGGCUGCACUGGAAGAAGAGAAGCAAAGAGCAGAAGGAGAGAAAGACAAACUCACAGAAGAACAAGAGAGCCUUCAGUCUACUGUCACCUCUCUGGAGAAAGAGCUGGAGUCACACAAAUUAUCUGUCCUACAGUUCACAGAGCAGGUGUCAGAGCUAACGUCUCGUGCCGCUCGUCUGUCCAAAGAGAGAGACUCUGCUCUGAGCAAGAUGAAUCUUUGGAUGAAAAACUGCAAACAGCUGGAGCAGGAGAAGCAAGUGGUGUUAAACAGCUCCGGAGAUGGAAAGAGCAAUGAAGAGGUGCCGACAGAGGCAAACCAGCUGAAGAUGGAGUCACAGGAGAAAAACAAGGAUGUGGAAGAACUUAAGGCUGCCCUUGAUGAAAAGAAGAAGGAAUUAGAAGAGAGGGAUAAGGAGCUGGAGGAGAUGAAGAGUGAGUUGGACGAAGUGAACAAACUUCUGGAGGAGAAGAGCACAGAGGCCGAUGAAAGCAUGGAUAAAUACUGCAGCCUGAUGGUUGAAGUCCACAAACUGGAAGAGACCAACAAUGCACUGACAGCAAGACUGGAACAGAUUACCGCUAGCCAACAUGCUAAGGAAGCUACCAUCCAUUCCAGCAUUACUGUUGGUACUCACUGCCGGCGCUCAGGAAGAAAGUCUUCCUCCAAACAUCAGGAGGAAAAUACACACGACAACACUGAGAACAUGGCUCCUACAACACCUCAGAGGUCCCCUCAGGGGUCGUCCUCAGGGAAACGGGGUCACCGUGACAUCAGUGAUAAAGACAGUGCUCAGGAAGCCCUGCACAACCUGACAAAGAAGAUCAAAGCAAAUGCAACGAAUACACCCAAACCAAGACCUGAAGAGGGAGAUGAGGAGUUCAGGCCAGAGGGACUUCCUGAGCUGGUGCAGAAAGGCUUUGCUGAUAUUCCUCUGGGGGAGGCGAGUCCAUUCAUCAUGAGGAGAACCACAGUGAGGCGCUGCAGUCCUCGGCUGGCUGCCAAGCAGACUGCUCACACAUCUGCACCUGAUGGCAAGCUUUUGGGGCCCACGCCUCUCCAGAGUCCCUCCACGGAAAGCUCCAACAGAAAGUGUUUCUCCCCAAGCAGAGACCAGAAACCUCUGUGUCAAUCACUAAGCUUAGGGAAGACACCGGAGCAAAAAGAGAAACAAGUUUUAAAACAACAAACACAACAAGGAGACAACUGUCACGUUCAGUAGAUUGAUAUACACACACACACACACUGUCUUGCACUUGUGAUUUAUAUAAAUACAUGUUUCUAGAUAGGUAACACUACACUUUUCUGAGACAACAUAUUAAACUUCAAGAUAAAGACACUUAUUUUAAAUGUUAUGUAAUCUAAGUCACUCACAAUGCACCUUUUCUUCAUUUUCUUUUUUUUGGGAGUAGGGCUGCCUGACACUUAGCAGUUUUGUCUCCUGUUAAAUCACUUUCUCGCAGCACAACACAGCUACACUUCACCUGUGGUUCUCUCCAUUCUCUGCUGGCAGCUGAAAGUUAUGAGAAGUAAAAGAAAUCACUGACCCAAGUAAGAUGAUGAGGCAGGUUCAAGAGAAGUCAGCAAAUAUCCAAGCACGGAUUUUCUGCAUAGCACUAUUUUUCAUUAUGCUUUGUUUUAAGUAGUUUUUAAUGAAAUUGUCUGCGUCUUUGAAAUGCCAGUUGUUUGUUUUUAUUUUUACUAAAUGUUUUAGAAUGAAUGACGCUACCAUUGUUUUGUAAUGUCUCUGAAUGUAUCUUCAUCGUUGUUUCUGUUUAUCUUUACUACUGACUCACUGGUUGUACUUUUGUUUUCUUGUCUUCUUGGUGUGUUUGAGAAAUAUGUUGAACUUUGUACGUGGUAGAUGAUACAGUAAUAACAGCUAUGCUUCAUCCAUCUAUAUGUCCUGUAACAUAUCAGCUAAUCGCUAACGGCAGCUAAGUUUGUGUAGAUUUUCUCCUGUUUCAUAUUUUCUAGAUAUUUUAAGUGUUGAAGUCAAGACAACAAAUCAAACAGUUUUUGUUUUUACUUUUUUUUUCUUUCUUUGCAGCAAAUUCUGAAAUUCAUCAGUUUUUAUUUGGGUGUAAAUCAAUGUAAUUGGUCAAUGUAAAUAGUUAUUGAAGCCACAUAGUUCAAAAUUACCUUUUUUUUUUAAAACUAAACCUUUUUUAUCUUCUGCAUAGA